CAGUGGAUUUGACAGGAGCCAACAGUUCAACACAACACCACUUUCAGGAAACUAGAAGUUAGGUGUCGGACCUGUAACUUGUAGAAGUUAGACAUAUUCACGUUGAGUUAAAACAUACAACUGUUGAAUAACGACAGUAUUGAUACAUGUGUAGGUAGACGGCGAUAAUGUUGGACCCUGCGGGAGGAUGAUGAAGAAGAGAUUGUGGCGAGUUGUGUCAGCGUGCCUACUUGUGUUAUUACUGUGUUGUUAUCUCAGGCACCCCACUAAAUAUGUUAGCUGCACAGAGCAACCCCCAGAGGCUCAGACCCAGCGUCUGAAGGAAGAUCCUGUUGACAGGUCCCAUCACAAGGGUGUUGUUCAGUUAGAGGAUGGCUGGGGGUCCCAGUAUGUCCAGCACCUAUCUGAAGAGGAGGUGCUGCCAGAGGGAGAGGAGGUGGAGACACAGCAGCAGGGCCUAGCAGAGGAGGAGGGGGCGGGGACUCCAGGCACUGAGGUGGAGAACAAGGAGCAUGUACAGACGUUGGACCUGGACGAUUCUGAGAAGGAGCCAGAGACGGCAGAACCAGAGGCCGAGCCAGAGACGGCAGAACCAGAGGCCGAGCCAGAGACGGCAGAACCAGAGGCCGAGCCAGAGACGGCAGAACCAGAGGCCGAGCCAGAGACGGCAGAACCAGAGGCCGAGCCAGAGACGGCAGAACCAGAGGCCGAGCCAGAGACGGCAGAACCAGAGGCCGAGCAUCCACCUCCAGAGGCCGUUGUCACCCAAGAGCUGCAGCCAACCCCCACCUCUGACCUAUUCCAUCCAUCCUCUGCCCCUGCCCUCAACCCCGUCACUGAAGACCCCUCCAUGCCCCAUGGCUCAUCCUCUAGUGUACCAGAGGAUACUUUGUCUGAUGUCCCUGUAUCGGAAUUCAGCGAUACUGAUCUUGCCACAGACGACUGUGAAGCUGGAGAAACCAACCCCUUUGAUGAAUCCUGGACCUGCGUGAGUAGCGGCUCCAAGAUCCAGGACCAGAGUCCCAGUCUUCCUGUUGUCCUGGAGAAACUUAACAAUGCUCAAGGAAAAGGCACCAAGACCGACAUAGACCCCCCCCCGGCCCAGGCAGGUCAGGCCUCAGUGGGACUGGCUCAGGGGGCCAACACCUCCCACAUGCUGAAAGAACCGGGCUUGAGCUCACGCAUCGCUACGGAGAAGGAUCCUAAUGUGGCAACCAAGGAUGCGGAGGACAUCCCCACCUUUGACGAGUGGAAGAAGAAAAUUAUGGAGAAGGAGAAGACUCUGGCCACUCACAUCUCCACCAACGGCGGCUCCCACGCUGUAAAGAAGGUGCAGAAGAACUUCAACAACUAUGCCUCGGUGGAGUGUGGGGCCAAGAUCCUGGGUUCUAACCCAGAGGCCAAGAGUACUUCAGCCAUAUUAAUGGAGAGCAUGGAUCAUUACAUGUUAAACCCCUGCAGCAACAAGAUCUGGUUCAUCAUCGAGCUGUGCGAUCCCAUCCAGGUGAAGCAGUUGGACAUUGCUAACUUUGAGCUCUUCUCCUCCACACCCAAAGACUUCCUGGUCUCCAUCAGUGACAGGUACCCGUCCAACAAGUGGGUGAAGCUGGGCACUUUUCAUGCUCGGGAGGAGCGCACUGUUCAGAGUUUCCCUCUGGACGAGCAUCUGUACGCCAAAUAUGUCAAGAUGUUCACCAAGUACAUAAAGGUGGAGCUGGUCUCUCACCAUGGAUCUGAACACUUCUGCCCCCUCAGUCUCAUAAGGGUUUUUGGAACGAGUAUGGUGGAGGAGUAUGAGGAGAUCGCUGACCCCCUGGACAGACCAGACGACCAGGAUGACGACCUCGAUUAUCCUCCUGGAUACGUUCCUGUAGAGGACAAGGCUUCAAAUGACCUCAUAGGAUCAGCCAAGGACGUCAUUCUGAACAUGGUGAACAACAUUAAAGUCAACGUGCUGGGGGGAGGACCAGGUGAAGGGAACUUCUCAGGCCAGACAGUGAACCUGACUGUCGUUACAUCAUCUGACCCUGACACCACUACCACCCUCAGCCCAGUGCCUGACGCUGUAGAGGUGGAGCAGCCUGAAGUACUAGAGGACAUUGAUGUCACUACCACAGAGGAACCCAAACCAGAGCAUGUAACUGAAGAGGAGCAGGUAGUCUCUCCUAUAGAGGAGAAGGAGGAGGUCCAGUCUAUAGUCACCAUGCUGGAGGAGGAGGAGGAUGGGAGGGAGAGAGAGGAGCACCGUUGCCCUGGCCAUCGACAGCAAGAAAGCCUUGACUACUGUGGCCUAUCUUCCUCCUCUUCUUGCUCCUGCUCAGCCUCCCUCCAGGAGUACCUCGUUCACCAGUGUUCCUUUCAGAGGAACUAUACCAGCCAGGAGAGGAAACCAGAGGCUACUCCAGCUCCAGUCACCCCCACCACCCCGUCACAGCAGCUGCCCAUCUCCUCCACGCCCACUCAGACACCCCAGCAGCCACACACUCAGGGGGAACAGGAGAGAGAGCCCAGCUCUGCCCAUGGGGAGAGAGAAGCCAGGCCCACUGACAUCCCACUACACCUUCCAUGGGUUGAGACUGAGGCAGUGGGAGAGGUAGAGCCCAGUAUGGAGCUGCCCCACCUAGAGCCCAGCCAGACCUCCACCCUGCCCAGACCCAGCUCCACCGACACCUCCAGCUCUGCCGCCAGGCCCACACCUGCCGUGGAGCCUCCACUCCACACCUCAUCCAAAGACCUGCCUGGGCAGAAGCACCCCAUCACUGGGGCAGAGAAAAGCCAGGAGGUGCAGCAGGAGGAGAUCAGGCAGCCUCCCACUGUCGCCAGCUCCAGUGGCCCAGUGGAGCAGAGCUGGGGAACCCCUGUAGAGAGGCCCUGUCCGGAAGUCCAGCCUGUAGAACAAGACAACAUCCCGGUCAUCCACCAACCACAUGUGUCUGAUCCACUCCCCCCACCCCUCCUCACUACCUCCACCCCCACAGAGCAGCAGCAGCCUCCGGGAUCCCCACCUAAACCAGCGGGUGCCGGCGGCGGCAACACUACUCCUGAGGAGCAGAACUCUGUCCCCGUCGUGGUCAUGACGGAGCCUCCCUCGCACGGCCAGGGCCAGGCCGUGGCCACUGAAACCAAGGGGGAGGCGGAGCUUUUGGAGGACAUCAUCUUCACCCCGUCGCCCAAUGGUAACGGGCAGCAGCUGCCUCGCCCCACCUCCUUCCAGCCCCCCUCUCCUUCCCCUUUAGACUUCUAUGCAGAGCUCCACAACGCCACGGAGCAGGGGAACGGGAACCUGAUGCACGGCUCCACCAGCCAGAAGGAGUCUGUGUUCAUGAGGCUCAACAACCGCAUCAAGGCCCUGGAGAUGAACAUGUCGCUGAGCGGACGCUACCUAGAGCAACUCAGCCAGAGGUACCGAAGGCAGAUGGAAGAGAUGCAGAGGGCUUUCAACCAAACCAUCAUCAAACUGCAGAACACAUCCAGGAUGGCAGAGGAGCAGGACCAGAGACAGACAGAGUCCAUCCAUUCGUUGCAGGGCCAGCUGGAGGACGUCACACAGCUGGUGCUCAACCUGUCUGUCAGAGUCAGCCAGCUGCAGAGCCAGGUUUCAGACAGGCAGAGUUACCUCCUGCUGUGCCUGGUUUUGUGUUUGAUCUUGGGCCUGCUGCUGUGUGUCCAGCAAUGUCGCAUGACUGCCAUGCAGCCUCCCUCCACAGACCCUCCUAUAACCUACAGCUACUGCUCCCCAGAGAGGCGUUUCUCUGAAUAUGAAGACAUGAGCUUGAAGAGACGAGCCUCAUAUCCUCUCCUGCACUCUGAUUCCUUUCAGUUACCUACCACUGAAGGUGCAGAGUCACUGCAAACUGUUGAACCAAUUAAUUUUCCACCAGCUAAUAAAAAGAAACGCAGUAAGAUGAAGACCGUGGAGACCCUGAAGUGCACUGCUUUCUGUGCUCCUUUGCUUGCUAACCGAGCACCCAUAUAUGACGGCCGUGGCACCAUGGACCCUCUACCCCGCACGGGGCAUCUCAGCCACCCUGCCUUCAGGGACCCCCCGUCUGAGGGCAGCUCCGAGGGCUCCUCCCAGUCAGACGUGCCCUCCUUCUGCGGCCUCGCUGCUGCCUCCUGCACGCGCCUCUGUGAUGGCCUACCCCCGCCCAGGAGCAGGGCAGAGAAGCGGGCGUUCAAGCCUGGGCGCGUGGAUCUCCUGCAGGCCCUGCGGAGAGAUGGGAGCGAAGCUACACCCACCAUCCUCACCCUGCAGGACCUCAUCGGGGGGGAAAAAGAGCUAGCUGCAGGGAGGCUGGGAGUGAUGGCGCUCUGAGGUCCUGUCUGACACAGACUGCUCCUCCUUCAGACUCUGGAACACUCAUCCUCUGAAAGGAGGGUUGUUGUUAUCUCUGUAUACAUAGGAGACUUUAAGCUAGGACACAAAUGAGACAAUUCCUCUUCUUCCACCUCCUAACCAGCAUGUUAUGUUCUGUCCAUGUUCUUUGGCAAACCUUUUGUUAUGAGGUUAAUAAUGGCAACCUUAAAAGAUAAGGUAACUUUUUUUUUUAUACCAAAUCUGUAUUUUGGAUGUAAAUGGCAUGUUCUAGAAUAAAACAUUAACAAAAGCUCAAAAAAUCACCUAAAUAUGUCAUUUUAGAAACUUUAUCUGCAAUGUUAUAUUUCAUUUUGUGCGACUCAAGCAGUUUCCCCUAUCCAUCUAUGCUUAUUUUCCGUGCAGUCCGAGCAUGCGCACCCAGAAAAGUAUUAUGGGCUACACGGAGAAGUAUCGCUCGAGCUGCACAAUAUGAAAUAUAAUGUUGCCAAUAAAGUUUGGAGUGACAAAAUGUAAUGUGUACAACAUCUAAAGACCUGCAUCACUAUAGUGAGUGUUGCCAUUUCUAAAAGGAUGUAUUUGGGUGAUUUUAGAGCUUUUGUUUUGCUUUAUCCACACCCUGGCACUGCAGAAUGAGCAGGAGGAAGUCUAUCUCUGGUUGGGGUAAGUUUAUCAAAAACAAGUGAAAUCGCAAAAAGAAUGUCUGGGCACUUCUAUAACAUCCCAUUUACAUUCAAAAUACAGAUUUGGUAAAAAAAAAGUAACUUCUCCUUUAAAGGUGCACAAUGUAACAAUCAAAACUACAAAUAAUAGCCAAUGUCAAUGUAUGGCUAAAGGAAUACAAUUCCAUGAGGAAAAUCUAAGUUAGAAUUUGCUUUUAACCGUGAGUUGCUGGUCUAGCCAUGCUCAGUUCAUAGAAACCGCAGGUUCUUCCUGUUUCAAGAUUGGUUCUCAUUUUCUGAAGUUGAAAACAUUUUAUUAUAUUAGGGAUAAAUGCCCCUAUCUAAGCUAUUUGACCACAGUAAAAGUCCAGCAACACCUGCUAUGACCUAGUCUUUUGUUAAAACUUGUUUUGUAAUUUAUGGACUAGUGAGUAGAUUGUACCAUGGUUGGACACCUGAAAUGUCAUGCAAAUGUCACUUAAAUAUAAAUGGUUAAUAUAUUUAUCAUAUCAUGAAUAAAUGCAGGUUGAGACUUUUCUACUA